AUGUCGGAUGAUGAGCAUGAUUUUGGGGGUAGCGCUCCCGUAGAUGAUGAGGAGCUCUCCCUGCCUAAGGCUACUGUCCAAAAGCUCAUUCAAGAGUAUCUGCCGAAAGAUAUGAGCUGUGCGAAAGAUACGCGGGAUUUGCUCAUUGAAUGCUGUGUCGAGUUUAUUCAUCUAGUCUCCAGUGAGUCCAAUGAGGCCUGCGAGAAAGAUUCGAAGAAGACCAUCGCGCCGGAUCACGUCGUUAAGGCCCUCGUGGAUUUGGGUUUCGAAAAGUACACGCGCGAAGUCCAAGAUGUGCUUCAGGACCAUCGCCAGCACCAAAAGGAGCGUGAACGCAAGGCAUCACGAUUUGAAAUGAGUGGCCUCACAGAAGAGGAGCUGCAGCGGCAACAGGAAGAGCUGUUUGCCGCCAGCAAAGCUCGCUUUGAUGCGGCCAAUUAG